UUUUUCCCCGAUUCACUUCAAAACGUAUGACGUUUCGAUCUUAUUUGUCAAAAGUUUUCAGAGCGAGUUUAGCGAAGAAAUUAGUUUGAAUUUCUAAGGAAAAGUUUAUUUUUUUGUCCUCCCCCGAAAACGAUGUUAUCGGCGUCGCCUACGACUUUAGCGAAAAGCUCGCUUGAAGAAAUGCUGGAGACUCUCCAGCGGCAAGAUGAGGACGAGAGGCCUAAAGACUUACCGCCCGCUUUACCGUCGCGGCCAACGUCCAAGGCAAGACUUCCCUCGGCCCGCCGGUCGCUUCCGACGAACUUCAAAGUCGUUUCUAACGGCGAAAACGGUUGUGGCUGUGGCGGAUUUAGUGAAGUUGAAGGGAAAGAGGAAGGUAAAAGAAAGGAAGAGGAGUUGGGAGAGAAGAUAGAUGUUUUUGGGAGCAAAAAACUGAGGAGAGUUGUGAAUGUGGAUUCACCUUAUUAUUUGGAGGCAGUGGAAGGGAUGAAAGGGGAAGAUAAGGUUUCUGAUGCCAAAGCUGAGGUUAAGGAAAUAGGGAAAGGGAAGUCGAACUUAAAGAAGCGUCGUGUAUGGUACCGGCAAUCCAAUGGGGUGUGGGAAUCUGGAGCUAUACAAUCUACAUCAGGGGAGGAAUCAUUUGUAUGCCUUUCUAAUGGAAAUGUUGUAAAGGCAUCAACCAGCGAGCUUUUACCUGCAAACCCAGAAAUUUUGAAUGGUGUUAAUGAUUUAAUACAGCUUAGUUAUUUGAAUGAGCCGUCAGUUCUUCACAAUCUUAAGUACAGAUAUGCUCGUGAUGUGAUAUACAGUAAAGCUGGUCCAGUUUUGAUAGCAAUCAACCCGUACAAAGAAAUCCAAACUUAUGGAAAAGAUUUUGUCACAAGUUAUAGAGAGAAAGCUACAGACAGCCCUCAUGUUUUUGCUAUAGCAGACACUGCUUAUAAGGAGAUGAUGAAUGGUGGAAUCAAUCAAUCUAUAAUCAUAAGUGGGGAAAGUGGAGCUGGGAAAACUGAAACAGCAAAAUUUGCAAUGCAGUACCUAGCUGCUCUUGGAGGUGGCAAUGGCGGGAUAGAGUCUAAAAUCCUUGAGGCGCAUUGUAUGCUUGAAACAUUUGGGAAUGCAAAAACAUCUAGGAAUGACAAUUCUAGUCGAUUUGGCAAACUUACUGAAAUUCAUUUUACCGAAUUGGGGAAGAUAUCUGGCGCCAACAUCCAAACUUUUCUUCUGGAAAAGUCGAGAGUAGUACAGGUGGCUGCUGGUGAACGGUCUUACCAUAUCUUUUAUCAACUUUGUGCGGGUGCUCCACCAGCCCUAAGAGAGAGACUGAAUCUUAAAAUGGCUAAUGAGUACAACUAUCUUAUCCAGAGUGACAACUUGGUGAUUAAUGGUGUUGAUGAUGCACUGAAAUUCCAUAAGCUUGUGGAAGCCAUGAACAUUGUUCAAAUUUGCAAAGAACAGCAAGAGCAAGCUUUUGCAAUGCUUGCUGCAGUUUUAUGGCUGGGAGAUAUAUCAUUUCAAGUAAUCGACAACGAACAUCAUGUGGAGCCAUCAGCUGAUGAAGCUUUAACCAGUGCUGCCAGGCUUUUGGGUUGUGCAGCUCAUGAAUUGAUGCAAGCUUUAUCUACCCAUAGAAUCCCUGCUGCCAAGGAUAAUAUUGCUAAGAAAUCGACAUUGCAACAGGCAAUUGACACAAGAGAUGCAUUAGCAAAAUUCAUCUAUGCAAGCUUGUUUGACUGGCUUGUGGAACAAAUCAACAAGUCACUUGAAGUUGGUAAAAGAUGUGUUGACAGGUCCAUAAGCAUCCUUGAUAUUUAUGGGUUCGAGUCAUUUAAGAAGAAUAGUUUUGAACAGUUUUGUAUUAAUUAUGCAAAUGAGAGGUUGCAACAACAUUUCAUCCGACACCUUUUUAAACUUGAGCAAGAGGAGUAUGAGUUGGAUGGGAUUGAUUGGGCCAAAGUUGAUUUUGAAGACAACCAAGUGUGCUUGGACUUAUUUGAGAAGAAACCAUUGGGAAUACUUUCUUUGCUGGAUGAGGAAUCAAAUUUCCAAAAUGCAACUGAUUUUACCCUUGCUAAUAAGUUGAAGCAGCACCUGCAUUCUAAUUCUUACUUCAAAGGAGACAGAGGCAGGGCCUUUGGUGUUCGACAUUUUGCAAGAGAGGUACUGUAUGAUACUAAUGGCUUUCUGGAAAAGAACCGAGAUCCUCUGAACUCGGGGUUGGUCCAACUUCUGUCAUCCUGUAGUGGCCAAUUGCUACAAUCAUUUGCCAAAAAAAUGCUUGAUCAAUCUCUGAAACCAGCGAUUUCAUCUGACGCUCCAGAGCAAAGUGUUGUUAAGAAGUUCAAGGGCCAACUUUUCGAACUAAUGCACCAGUUAGAGAAUACUACACCUCACUUCAUUCGCUGCAUAAAACCAAAUUGCAAGCAGGUCUCUGACAAGUAUGAAGAAGAUGUUGUCCUGCAGCAACUUAGAUAUUGUGGAGUUUUGGAGGUUGUUAGAAUCUCAAAAUCAGGAUAUCCAACUCGAAUGACACAUCAGGAGUUUGCAGAAAGGUAUUGGUUCCUACUGUCAGAGACCAAUGCAUCUCACGAUCCAUUAAGCAUUUCAGUUGCUCUUCUAAAACAAUUUAAUGUCCUCCCUGAAAUGUAUCAAGUUGGCUAUACGAAACUGUUUCUUCGAACCGGACAGAUCGGUGCAUUGGAACAUAAGAGAAAACAGGUGUUGCGAGGAGUAAUUGGGGUUCAAAAAUACUUCCGCGGUCACCGAGCUCGUUGCCUUUUCCUUGAGCUCAACAAAGGAGCAAAAAAUAUACAAUCAUUUGUUUGUGGUGAAAGUAUCAGAAGGAAGUAUGGUAUUGAGGCAAAUAGGUGCUCAGCAUUUGCUCCUCAGUUAGUUGAUGAGCAGUUGGCAUCAGUUAUAUAUUUACAAUCUGUAAUCCGUGGGUGGUUAGUCCGGAGACAUUUCGAUAACAUUCAUAAUUCAAAACAGUUGAACCAUUUAAGCAUAAAAUCUAAACGAAAGACUGGUAGGAAGCUUUCUGAGGCAAAGGUAUUCCCCACGGUUGACAUGGAAACACCACACGAGCAGCAGAUUCAAGUUGUACCUUCUGUUAUGUCAGAGCUUCAAAGAAGGGUACUCAAGGCAGAAGCAACUUUGGGGCAAAAAGAACAGGAAAACACCACUUUACGUGAGCAAUUACAACAGUACGAGGCAAGGUGGUUGGAUUACGAAGCAAAGAUGAAAUCAAUGGAGGACAUGUGGCAAAAGCAAAUGGCAUCGUUACAGACAAGUCUUGCUGCAGCCAGAAAGAGUCUUGCUGCUGACAGUACUGCUGGUCAGCUAGGAAGAGCUGAUGUCGUAUCACCUCGCCAUUAUGAUUCUGAGGAUAACGUGUCCAUGGGAUCUCGAACUCCUGGUGUGAAAACUCCUGUUGGGGUUAGAGAGAAUGGCUCAUUGAAUGCAGUGGGAAAUCUGCUAAAAGAAUUUGAUCAGAGGAAACAAGCUUUUGACGAUGAUGCAAAAUCUUUGGUUGAAACCGGAACAGCACAACCAGUUUCUGAUGUGAAUCCUGAUGAUGAACUACGAAGGUUAAAACGCAGGUUCGAGACAUGGAAGAAAGAUUUCAAGAUGAGACUAAAGGAAACAAAGGCAAGACUACAUAAGCGUGGGCAUCAAGAAUCAGACAGAACUCGAAGAAAAUGGUGGGAGAAAUUAGGUUCAAGAUCGUGAUCGAAUCCCACCUUGAAAUGAUCAUCUUGAUUGAUCAUAAAAUUGUUGCUUAAAUGACAACCAGUGUCCAUUCUCGGGUACAGUUACAUUUACUGCAACAAAUAGAGUUGUUUUUUUUGUAGUCGACCCAGUGAGGGAGACAUUGUGCUUGUAUAUCUUACCAAUUUUUGUUACUCGGUGGGAGGAAUUACCUUGUGCAUAGACAAAAUAGGAAUUCGUCGUGUCGAGACAGCUCUUUGAGUUGUUCGAUUUAGUUUAUGUAUAUUCUGUUGUCAGUUGAUGUAAGCUCCAACAUUGUAGUUUUCGAUAUACAGAUGAAAUGUGU